AUGAAAUUGCCAUUCUUGCUCAACAGUGCUGCCAGGGCGUCUUCCGCUGGCGAACUUGAUAGCGUUUUCUCGAAGCUGCUUAAGGCGAUUCCACACCUAGAAGGGGUGCAGGUGUCUAAUAUCCUUAAUGUGCUUUCGAAGAAGGAUGUUGAGCACCGUAAGGAAUCGUGGCUCAGAGUUUCAGCGCAACUGCUGUCCACUAAUGCGAAACAAUGGGCACGGGGUGGUAUUCACAGACAGGGUGGAGCUGGCAAUCAGCUCAACAACCAGAAACCCUUACAGCAAGAUACACCUUCCACGAUUCUAACGAGCAUAAAUGCCACAAAUGCAAGCUCUUCAAACCAAAACGACAAUGAAUGCAGUUUUUCAAGGCGCAUUACGGGUUUGCCCAGCGUACUGGCAAACUACGACAUCAGGGACGUCAUCAUCAUACUGAACGCAUUCUCAAAAGUGGGAGUCAUGCCGCCAGAGUUAAUGCAAGCCGUAAUAAGGAUUGUAAUGUUACACCUGAAUCGCCUGGGCAGUCAGGAGCUGUCGAAGAUGCUUCACACGAUGGGGAAACACGGAAUGCUCGACGACGUCAAUGCAGUGCUGAAGAAGCACCGUCGCGGCAUUGAGGAAUGCAUAACCGACGAACGAGACUAUUCAAUGGCGCUGCGUGUCGUCAUGUUGAACCAAGACAAACUUAAAGAUUCGGAUGCCUUAAAUGUGCUUGUUGGAGUGAUCGACAACAAAUGCAAAGAGAUGAGCGAUAAGUCCUUGGCGAUACUAGUGAACUCCAUAGGCAGAUAUGGCAGAGACGAGAGGGGAAUGAUGCCACUACUGGCGCCGCUUAUCAUAAAACGUUUGCGUUCGGGGGGAUUUGAUCCCAUGUCCAUUUCCCAGAUGGCCAACGGUGUGGCGCGGGUAUCGUUCCUGAACGUGCAAUUGAUGGAUGAAAUCGCACGAAGGGUCGUCGAAAAUAUCGAACUCUUCAGUACAAGGUGCAAAGUCACCAUCCUGAAUGCUUUCCAUAAAUUGCGCUACUUCGACUCAAAGCUGUUUGACGCUGUGGUGACUGACCUCACCUCUUCUAACGCGGAUAUGACCCCACAAUGCAUCGCAAACACGAUCUCAGCAACUGCCCAUUUCAACAAGAAAAUGCGAGCAGAGAGCGUGAUUGGGCUUUAUAAAGCUCUUUGCCACCGCAUCUCCCAUUUCGAAUCAUUGCAAAGUUUCACCAUGCAGAAUCAGGUGAACAUUCUAAAUGGGCUUUCCAAGGUGGGUAUAGAAGAUCACAAGCUUUAUAAUCGCUUCGGUAACAACAUAUUAAACACCUCCGAGCACCUGAAGCCAAUAGAUGUUGCCAUAGUUCUCAACGCAUUCUCGAGGGCAGGGAUGGUGCACGGAAUAGUUUUGCGACUCUGCCAAAACAUUGGCGAUUACCUCUCUGGCAUGAAGGUGCAGGAAUUAACGUGUUCCCUCAACUCUAUAAACGGGCUUCGGAAGUGUAGCAAUUCACUCCAACGCGAGAUCGAUGAUACGACGUGGACGUCUGCGAUGAAUGCGAUCGCGAAUCAUAUGAUGAAAGAAGCUGAUUCCAUUUCUGAUUUCAGGCCACUGGACAUCCGACUCUCCAUUGUAAGCCUCGCUGAAUCCAGCAUAGUGAAUGAACCGCUAUACUCGAUGCUGCUUGACUGCCUGGCAUCAAAGAUGAAGCUUGCGUCGAUGUGGGAUUUAGUCUGCGUGUUUUCGGGCCUCCAUAAAGUCGGAUAUGCGGUAAACUCCAGACUGUUAGAUGCGGUGGAAGCGUCGCUGGAGUGCAUUGCUCCGGGCAAGGGCAGGGGGCACAACGAUGCUAAUGCACUCCGCGAUAUCAUACAGAGGAUGUCUCUUAACCACUCGCUAAUCGAAAAAUUGGCAGAAUAUGUAUGA